UCCUCUUGUAAUUUUGCGUGCGGUAUUCCCGGCAUGCCUGGCAAGCAUGGUUCCAAUGGAGCACCCGGUCGUGACGGACGUGACGGACGUGAUGGCCGUGAUGGAGCUAAAGGUGAUCAAGGAUUAAAGGGGAAGACUGGACCUCAGGGACCUCCUGGUGAUACGGGACUUUCUGGUGCCGAGGGACCUGCUGGUGCUAAAGGAGAUCGUGGACCCCAGGGUCCUCCGGGACCUAAAGGGGCAUCUCAACUGAUGCCUUAUAAGAAUUGGAAAGAAUGCGUCUGGAGAAACUUGAAUGAUGGAAAGGACAAUGGUCUGAUCCAGGUAAUUUAUGUAUUAAGGACUUUUAAUAAAAGGACGAUAUUCAUAUUCAUCCACUAUAGCUGAUCUUAUUGAUUAUGACUAAUUUGAGGAUGCUGUUAGGUGAGUUGAAGACGCCAAAAUUGACACGACGAGCUUAGCCUCGUUCCAAGUGAAUUCAAACCUUCCUGGAUUUAUAAAAGAGGGUCUGUUAAAUUGAAAAUACAUUUGAGAAAAAUUCUUAAAACUGCGCAAAAUAUUAUAGAACUGAGUAAUCGAUCAGAGAUUCAGGACCUGAAAAGUUUACUACAGCAAUAAAAGCUGUUUUAAAGUUUCCAACUUAAAGGUUGAGUUAGGCGAAGAAAGCCUGUCAACCGUUCUUCUGUUAGAAGGAAUGUCGAUCAGGUUACCUACCAUCUACAAGUACGUACGUAGUAGGGCUACUGAUCUGACACUUCCUAAAUCGAAGAGAGAUUUGCUAAAAAGAAGUUUUAAAUGAGGCGGAGCCAUGCUACAGAGCUAACUCUCGAACAGAGCAAAACUGGUCGAGUCAUGCCCUUAAUCAUUUAAGAAGUUCAUCAGAAUGUAGGUGGCUCUUCCUAAGCUGUAGCUCUAUGUCUUUAUGGUAACACGUUUAAAUGUCUUUCCUUAGUAGAAGUAGUAGUCGUUGUAGUAGUAGUAGUAGUAGUAGUAGUAGUAAUUGUAGAAUUAAUCGAGUGAUUUAAUAUAACGAUUUUAUUUGUAGCCACGCCUUUAUGGAUUCAGCCGAGUGUUAGUGGGGCAAACGUGUUUCUGUUUUGACCCAAUUUUUUUAAAUUAAGUUUUACCUACCUCCCUAAUUAGCUACUCUCCUGAAUUUAAUAAGCAUCACGAUAAACAAAAGUUGGUAAAAACGAGCCACGAUCUGUAACAUGGGACGGAAGGCCAAGGACAGAAGAUCCACAUAGAAAUCAAAGCAGUAGUAUUAAUCAAAUUUAGCCUAUUAUUACCGGGUAAAAAGGUCUUUUGACUAAUAACAGCUUUGUAUUAAAUUUCCUAUGUUUUAAUGUUUGACAGGAAUGUAUCUUCAAGAAAAAACUUUCUGAUACUGCCCUACAUGUUUACUGGACGGGUGCGUUGAGGAUUCACGCCUGUAAUCGCUGCUGCAAACGUUGGUACUUCACUUUCGAUGGCGCUGAGUGUUCUGGACCUCUGCCCAUUGACGGAGUGGCUUACAUGCAAACAGGUGCUAGUCAAGAUCUCCAUCGUGUCCGCCAUAUUGAGGGACACUGUAACAACAUUGACAAAGGACAAGUGCGCGUUGGAUUCUGGAUCGGAAAUUGCGCCUCAUAUGGGAACGCUGAUGGGUACACAGGAUGGAAUUCAGUAUCCCGGAUCUUUGUUGAAGAGGUUCCCAAAGCGCAAGCUUAA